CUGCGCCUGCGGUUUCGAUCCGACCACUCGAGACACUUCGCGGGGUUCAAGGCCAAGAUUACUGUUGCUGAUUCUCAAGCUUGCAUGGACGUCAAGCAGGUUCUCUUCAGCAGCCACUGUUACCUGUUCUCUGGGUACCCGAGAGCCUCAUGGGUCACUGCUAAGCAGGUGUGCGAAGGCCUAAACAUGCAGCUAGCCUCCAUCCACUCCCUCGAAGAAGAGCGCUUCAUAAUCUCCGGCAUCAGACAGAGCAGCGAUUACAGCGCAGGUGCCAUCUACUGGUUAGGGGCCAAGCUUGGCAGGAAUGCGGAGAACUUCACCUGGGUCGAUGGAACUGCUGUGGGGUAUCAGGGCUGGCCGCCUUAUAAUGAGACCGAGGACUCUGAAGACGAAUGCUUGGGUGUCCAGUGGAAGUCAUCACCAAUUCCAUCGCAGCCGAGCGGCCUGUAUUGGACGCUGCACAGAUGCGGGACCACCGGGGGCUAUGUGUGCAAGCGCAAGCUGAACCCUGAACAUGUCGUGAGGAACAGAACUGUUGAGGGAACAUCAGGGGAGCUAUCAAGCCCAAACCACCCAAGCCACUACGACAACGAUUUAGACUACUGGGUGCACGUGGGCGGACCACCCGACACUCGCCUGGUCUUCGUCUUCAGGAAGAUCGAGCUGGAGUACCAGAAGGACUGCCUCUAUGACUUCAUUGAGCUCCGAGAUCCGCUCAGCCAGAAAUCUUCCCGGUACUGCGGAUCGGUGGGCGAGACGCGCUGGGUGGCCGGCGGGAACAAAGCCGACCUGCACUUCCACUCCGACUACAACACCCAAGGCGCGGGGUUCUCUCUAACCUGGGACGCAGUGGAACUGAUCGGAUGUCCAUCUCAGACCUUCACCUCGAAGGAAGGAGUCCUGAGAAGUCCCAACUACCCGCACUUUCUGCUGCCGAACCUGGAUUGCACCAUCGAUAUACUUGCUCCUGCUGGAAAACGCGUAUUCCUCAACAUCAGCCACUUCGACUUCGGCUACGGCACCUUCGACAAAGGCGUGCCCUACAACGUGACCGACUCAGUCCCCGAAGACUCGUUCCUGGAGGUGCAGGUAGACCUGCAGACCAUGCCGAUCCGGCCGUUCCUGAACCAGAAGAUACUGACCAAUGGGCUCUUUGUGUCGCAGUCGGAGAUAUUGAGGUUAAGGCUGAGGACCGGGGAGAAUGUCACUGGGAUCGGGUUCAUGGCGCAUUUUAAGACGGUGGGGUUUCUCAACCUAAGCCACGUGGUGGAAUUACGGUCGGCUCGCGGCGGCCGCCUCGCUCCGCCCAACUAUCCCGGCGCCGCGCCCUCUCAGGCGUUAGUCCGCGCGAGAAUACUGGCACCACCGAGGCAUACGCUGGCGAUAGCCUUACACGCUGCGAGGCUGGCUACACCCCCUGUUGCUGAGGACGAAGACUCCAAGAGUGAACCGUGUGGAGAAAACAACGGGUGGAUCGAGGUAAGUUCAAUGAAACCCAAUGCCGCACUUACGCAAGCACUGAUCCGUGCAAGGCUGCUAGCACCACCGAGACACACGCUAGCGAUAGCGCUACACGCAGCGAGGCUGGCUACACCCCCUGUGGCUGAGGAUGAAGACUCCAAGAAUGAACCGUGUGGAGAAAACAAUGGGUGGAUCGAGGUAAGUCUAUCACCCCAAGGACACACGCUAGCGAUAGCGCUACACGCUGCGAGGCUGGCUACACCCCCUGUGGCAGAUGACGAAGACUCUAAGAAUGAACCAUGCGGAGAAAACAAUGGGUGGAUCGAGGUAUGUUCAAUGAAACCCAGUGCCGCACUCACGCAAGCACUGAUCCGAGCAAGGCUGCUAGCGCCCCCGAGACACACGCUAGCGAUAGCGCUACACGCUGCGAGGUUGGCUACACCCCCUGUGGCUGAGGAUGAAGACUCUAAGAAUGAACCGUGUGGAGAAAACAAUGGAUGA